AUGGAACCGACUCAGCAAAAUAUCAUAAAAAUCGGGCAAUUCAAUGCUGUUCACAAAAUUAAUGGCAGCGUUGUCCGAAAGAUUCCACUAGAUAAGUCAGACGCCUACAACACCCGCGCGGUCGAGAUCGAAGCUCAAGUUUAUCGUCACCUGGGAAGACACAAACGCAUCGCACGAUGCCCACAGUGCAGGGAGGGUUGCAUUGAUCUACAACACGAGGCGAAUGGUGACCUCGACUCAUAUCUGAGGAACCAUUGUCGGAGUGAUCGCUUCAGGCAUCGGAUGGCUCGGCAGACGAUUGAAGCUGUCAGCAUCAUCCAUAAUAAAGGUGUUAUUCCCUCCGAUCUCUCCGCUCAACAAUUAUCCGACUUUGGAUCAUCGUUGCAAGGAUCUGAUGCUAUCAUUAUGGAGAACGCGACACAUUUCCUGCCUAGGGAUGAAGAGACUCCAAACACUUUGCAGAGUGAUACUUUUGCCCUUGGAUCAACUGUCUACGAGAUACUGGUGGGCAACAGGCCCUACGAGGGAUUAGAAAACGAAAGGAUUCAACGAUUAUAUUCAAACAAAACGUUUCCUUCAGUAGACCAGAUAAGACAUGUUUCAUGGCGGACCUUGAUUCUCAAAUGCUGGAUGAGCGAGUAUAAAGUCACAUCAGAUAUUCAGAAAGAUAUCCCAUUCCCUCCUCUAAUCUCGCACAUCUUCUCCUGGCACCCACUGUGCCGCACUUCAUAUUUGGGACAGGCAUUCCUGGGACCUAUAAUCCCUCAGAAAUGCAUAAGAGCCUUCACCAGUUGUAGUUGUCUAUCUGUCUCCAUCAUGCCCCUAGCUCGCAUCGACAAUUUUCGUCAUGGUUGUGGAGUUGUCUAA